UCAAAAACAAUUAAGUAUUCAAACAAAUAAGAUCGUGAUCUUAAUAAGUUAUCAAGUAAUAAACAAAUAAAAACAACAACAAAAUGAAAUACUUCAACGUUUUGUGCAUUUUCGUUUUCAUCGCCUUGUUUGCCGUCAACCAAGCUGCUGAAUUGCAGGAUGCUGAAUCCUCGGUAGCGGCCAAGAGUCCCGAGAAACGUGGCAUUUAUGGCUUUGGCUAUGGUCAUGGUUUAGGCGGUUAUGGUGGCGGCUAUGGUCUUGGACAUGGUCACGGUUACUAUGGCGGUCAUGGCUAUGGUUAUCCUUCUGUCGGUUAUGCUGUACAUGCUGCUCCUCUUAUUGGUCAUGGUCAUGGAUUUGGCGGGUUUUGGUUAUCAUGGUCAUGGUUUCUAUCAUUAAGCAUAGUUUUGCUAACACCAUCAAAAAGUGUGUAAAUUUGUGAAAAGAAACAGGUUUUUGGAGACACUGCCUCCCAAAGGGGUCAGUUUUUGUAAAUAUUUAAAGAAAUAAAAUGAGAAAUUUAUAAAAUUUUUGGAAAA